AUGCUACUCUACUUUUCGAAGGAAUUUGAAGACGAUCUGCUCAAGUUUGACGAGACUCUUCAUCCAUCUUGUGCUUUUAUGAAUAAACAGUAUCAAGGAAGGAAAGAACUUGAGUGCACGACACUUCGAUCGAUGGGACUGGGAAGUGGGAAGGUUCUCAUCAGGUUUAACAGAAUUCCUAUGUCAGCUAUGGAGGUUGCACAAACUGAAGAAAGGAUCGAACAAGAACGUCGUAAAAAAGAGGCCUUGGCAGCUGAAUUUCAGAAGAAACGAGCGGAAAACGAGGAACGGGAAAAGAUCGAGAGGGAGAGAAUGCAGAAGUUUGAAGAAGAGCAACGGUUUCUUGAAGAGGAAAAGAGAACGAUGCUAAGAAAAGAGCAGAAAAUGCUGCCAGCGAAUCCAAAUUCUUGGUCAUUUGACCGACAUCCUUUCCAAGCAGCAAUAUCAUCUGGACCAGCAAACGAUCGCCUCACGUAUUUAAACAGCCUUCUCAAUAACGUCGAUGCAUCACUUGCCGGACAAACUUCAAACGAUCAGGUGAAUAACCUUGUGGAACAAUUGGCUUCGGAAGGAAGACUUCAUGAUCAACAAAAUAUGUCGGAACAAUACCCAUUGAUGAAUUUUAAAUUCCCUGAAAAAACAACCGCAAUUGAGGAUGCAGAUAUGGACGACCAAUCCACUUCAAUGACCGCCCAAACCGGCCAAGAUAUCGAAGCACCUGAUCGUCAAAGUGUUUUGUUCACUAAAAAGGAAUACAAUAAAGCUGUUCCGGAAAAACCAGAAGAAUCAAUGGAAAUUGACGAGAAAUUUUUCGAAGUUAACCUGGAGGAUGUGCGCAAUAUGCAAAGGGCUUUGAGUGAUCAAGUGAAACAGGAGCAACAACGUGCCCUUCUUCCAAAGGCAUACAUCGAGACGAAAAACCGAGAAUUGAAGCUGACUUCUUGGAAAAACACUGUGAUAAGAGCUGUUCCUGAGAAAACACUUAUUGAUGUGGGAGUCGCUCCAUCAUCGACAAUUUAUGUGAAAUUUUCACCUCCAAUGGCUGCUUGUGAAGACAUUUUCAAAGUUGAUUCGGUAAAGGAAGUGAUGGAAGAAGAAGCGAAUCAAUCGAGCAAAGAAUGGUUGUCAACAAAUGAAGCCUACAAGCCGUGGGUGGGAACUGUUGGUCCAGAGGCUCCUCGUCCAAUGAGUUGCAGCAGCUCAUCGCUUGGCUCUCUUUUGAUACCGAAGGAACUCAACAACAAUAGCAAUCAAGAAAAGUCCGGUUCCGAGACUCCGUCUUCCGCUUUUUCCUCUUUAUCCAAUCCAUCGUCGAGCAAUGAGGGUUCCGAAGCAUCAGCCUCACCGAAUCGAGUCAUCGUUCGAAGUUCGGCUCCGAAAAAGCGAAAGGAAGUGGUCAAGGACGAGUCCUACUGGGAGAAGCGCAAGAAAAACAACGAUGCCGCAAAGCGAAGUCGAGAUCAACGAAGGAUAAAGGAAGACAAAGUGGCAAGUCGGGCGACGAGUUUGGAGAGAGAAAACGCGAUGUUACGAAUCGAAUUGGAGAGACUUCGAGCCGAGACACGCAUCUUGAAUAGAAUAUUGCACAAUCCUGCACAGGAGGAAAAGGGAGCGUUCAAAAUGAAGUGCGUAAUCGAAUCAAAUGGCUCGUGGAGGACAGAAGUGAUCGGAUGUUUGACCCCAGAUGGAGUUGAUGUUCCUGUGAAUGGUCGAAAAGCUGUUGGAGAUCACGAAUGGGCUUGCGAGCAAACCGCCGAUGGGCACAUUUCGUUGAAACAAGAAAUGGGCAAAAAUGCCGAUUGUCCUGGUGGACGAAAGAGAGGUUCGACUUGGAUCGAUAAGUCUUUCGAAUUUCUUUGCGAAGAGGGCGGAAUGCCAAAAUUCGUUGGUUGCAUCACGAACACCGGAAUCCGAAUCGCUAAUGGAGAGACAAAGGAGCUAGCCGGAGGGAUUCUUGUCGAAUGCAAGCAAUAUCCAAAUGGUACAAUUACUUUGAAUGGUAUUGGGAAGAAAGCGAACGCUGAUUGCACGGAUUCCGAGGGCGGAAAACACAAAUUUGGUGAGAAAUGGAUUCAACGAAAGCACUUCCAAUUCACUUGCAAAUCCCACGGUGAAACACAAAUGAUCGGUUGUGUGAUUCCAGAAGGCCAAGUCAUUCCGUUGAACUCGAAAUUGACCGUCGGUUUGAUGGAAUAUCACUGUGAGGUCAAUGGUGGAUCACUGAAAUUCUACGGAAAGCCAAAAGACCAAAAU